UGCCUUUCCAUUUUCGCUUAUUUUCUCAUUCCUCACUCCUCUCCGUCUCCUUAUUUCGCUUCGCCUCUUCUCUCUUUUCGGCUUUGAUCUGUUACGAGUGUUUUGACCUGGACAUUGAAGUUCGAAAAAUCGAUUCAAUUUCAGUGUUUGCUCAUAAAUUUGGCUGUUCGCAUCUCUAUUUCGCAGAUUGGGGAACAGAGAGUCUUCGAUUUGCUCUCUCAUUUUCCUAGGGUUUCUGGAGAAUGAAGUCUCUGGGAAAGCUUCGGAAAUUUGCGCUGCCAAAGAACGAUGCUUCCAAGGAGAAAAGAGAUGCUCAACUUUCGGCGCACGUGGAUGAGCUAGCCCAGGCCUCGCAGGAUAUGCAAGAAAUGAGAAAUUGCUAUGAUAGCUUACUUUCUGCUGCUGCUGCUACAACAAACAGUGCAUAUGAAUUUUCAGUGUCAUUGGGGGAAAUGGGCUCUUGUCUAGUGGAAAAAACCUCAAUUAAUGAUGAUGAAGAAAGUGGCAAAGUUUUGUUAAUGAUGGGAAAAGUGCAGUUUGAUCUUCAGAAACUUGUUGAUAGCUAUCGGUCUCAUAUUAUCCAGACAAUUACAAACCCAUCGGAGUCUCUUCUCAAUGAACUUCGGACAGUAGAGGAAAUGAAGCGGCAGUGUGAUGAAAAGAGAAACGUGUAUGAAUACAUGAAGGCGCAACAGAGAGAAAAAGGAAGGUCAAAAAGUGGGAAAGGAGAAAGUUUGCAGCAAUUGACAGCAGCUCAUGAUGAAUUUAAUGAUGAGGCAACCCUAUGCGUUUUUCGGUUGAAAUCUCUGAAACAAGGGCAGUCCCGAAGUCUUCUAACACAGGCAGCUCGUCAUCAUGCGGCUCAGUUGAAUUUCUUUCGAAAGGGACUUAAAUCUCUUGAGGCAGUUGAGCGACACUUACGAGUGGUUGCAGAACGACAACACAUUGAUUACCAAUUCAGUGGACUUGAAGAUGAUGAUGUGGAAGAUGGAGAAGAUGAUGGCGAGAAUGGCUAUGAUGCAAGUGAGGGUGGGGAAUUGAGUUUUGACUAUAGACAAAAUAAGAGGGGGAUUGAAGUUGUGUCUGCAACAACAAAUUCUAUGGAGUUGGAUCAAGCAGACCUUUCUUUUCCCCAAGCUUCAACGGUGGAAACGGUGGAGUUAAAUCCAGAAAAAAACCAUGGGGAUCUCCAGGGUUUCAGUAGGGAACCUAGAGCAGGCAGUUAUUCUGCUCCAAUAAUUGCAGAGAAGAGUGAUCCAUCUGAAAGGAUAAGACAAACACAAUCAUCCACACGGAAGUUGCACACGUAUGUGCUACCCAUUCCAGUUGGUGCAAAGAGUUCAACUCCUUCAAGAACAAGCAGUUCGGUUCCCCGAACAAGGCCAACAAGCCUCCAUGGAGGCACCCGCAAUUUGUGGCAUUCUUCCCCCUUAGAGCCAAAGAAGCAUGAGAAAGAUUCUGGAGAUGAUCACUUGUCAGGUCCAACCAUAUCAGAAGCACAAUCAGUUCUCAAAGAGAGCAACAGUAAUAAUGCUGCCAUCCGACUGCCCCCUCCUCUGGCUGAGGGACUUUCACUUCCACAGCUUGAUACACUGAACACAUCUGAUACUAAAAAGGUCAAAAGACUAGCUUUUUCAGGUCCAUUGACAGGUAAGCCACGGUCAACAAAGCCUGUUCUAUCUUCCAGUGGUCCCAUUGCCCCUGCCGAACUUCCCCAACUAGUUUCUGGAUUGCUUUCUCGUGUUCCAAUUCCUCAGCCUUCUUCGUCCCCAAAAAUAUCUCCAAGUGCUUCUCCUCCUCUUGUAUCUUCUCCCAGAAUAAAUGAGCUCCAUGAGCUCCCUAGGCCUCCUGUCAGCUUGGCAACCAAGCCAGCUAGAUUUCCCGGUUUGGUUGGUCAUUCUGCUCCUUUGAUAUCCAGAAAUGAGCUUUCUGCAACAAGUAAAACCUCUUCAAUGGCAUCAAAUGCAGCCUCUCCACUGCCAACUCCUCCUGUCCCGAGGAGUUUCUCCAUACCAUCAAGCAGUCAGAGAGCUACGGCAUUACAUGUGACCAAGGUUCUGGAAUCUUCUCAAAUUCCAGACAAGGCUGAAGAAGUUGGCUCUCCACCAUUGACACCUAUUUCUCUCUCAAAUAGUAAGCCAACAUCAACGAUCUCUGAAGUGGCCUCUCAGUCUGGUCAAAUCAGAGGAAUUAUUUUGGGCAUUUUCCUCCCUUUCUCUCACCCUAAAACACUUGCUCAACAAUAGGAAAUAAACUUCUAGGCUCCAAAAUUGAAGAGCAGGUGAGAGUUGAUUUCAUGUUUUGUUUGGUGAAGCUUUGAUUCUUUUGGGCCUGUGGGACAGGAUCUGCAUUUCAUCAUCUAGCGUUGGGUGAGGUCUGUAAAUAUAAUGACGUUUCACGAAUUGUUUAGCUUCUCAUCACAAUAUUGGUUCACCGUUUGUUGUUGAUUAGUUGAGAACUCACCCCAGCAGAGAGGUCACCGUUUCUUGUAUAUCAUCAAAUGAGGAAUUUUGUUUUUAUUGGUCAAGGAAUUACCAGUCAAGCAAGGAUGUUUCAUUUUUUCAGAAAAAGGCAAGAGUCAUUGAUUUUGAGGUUUCUCAAUAUACAUGUAUAUCCCUGCCCUAGAGUUUGGUACUUGAAGGCAGGCCUAAGUAUUUCUUUUGAUGCAAUUUCCAGCUGAGGUUUCUGUCCUGGAGUGGUUAGGGCUUUGCUUGUGGAAGUUGAUAAUGGUUCAAUGCGGGCAUACUUCUAGAACAUCCUGUACUGCCAUUCUCAUAGCUUGUAAAUGUAUGCAAUACUGGGAUCUUGAUUCCCUGAGAAAUUGUCAUUUCCUCUGGAGGGAUGUAAUCAAAGCUUAUUUCACAAAGUAUAUACUCUAGGUCGUGUGGUUGCAUUGAGACCUUGGCCAGAGUUCACGAAAUAAAAUGAUCGGUGUCCACA